UUCGAGCAGGUAAAACUGUGGUGGGCAAGGGAUCUGGAGUGAAGAAAAGUGACCAAAAGCUCUUUUUUUAGACUUUUUUGGAGCCAUCGACAGUGCUGUGCCUGGGCUAGCAGCUGGCAGCUUGUGGGCGGGCUCCUGACUCACCAGGGGCGGAGCUGACACCUCGUGGCAGUAUUCAAGGUACUUACCACGAGUCAUCAGCCAUUUGCUUCAUUUGCUACAGAGACUAGCUUCGAGCAGGUAAAACUGUGGUGGGCAAGGGAUCUGGAGUGAAGAAAAGUGACCAAAAGCUCUUUUUUUAGACUUUUUUGGAGCCAUCGACAGUGCUGUGCCUGGGCUAGCAGCUGGCAGCUUGUGGGCGGGCUCCUGACUCACCAGGGGCGGAGCUGACACCUCGUGGCAGUAUUCAAGGUACUUACCACGAGUCAUCAGCCAUUUGCUUCAUUUGCUACAGAGACUAGCUUCGAGCAGGUAAAACUGUGGUGGGCAAGGGAUCUGGAGUGAAGAAAAGUGACCAAAAGCUCUUUUUUUAGACUUUUUUGGAGCCAUCGACAGUGCUGUGCCUGGGCUAGCAGCUGGCAGCUUGUGGGCGGGCUCCUGACUCACCAGGGGCGGAGCUGACACCUCGUGGCAGUAUUCAAGGUACUUACCACGAGUCAUCAGCCAUUUGCUUCAUUUGCUACAGAGACUAGCUUCGAGCAGGUAAAACUGUGGUGGGCAAGGGAUCUGGAGUGAAGAAAAGUGACCAAAAGCUCUUUUUUUAGACUUUUUUGGAGCCAUCGACAGUGCUGUGCCUGGGCUAGCAGCUGGCAGCUUGUGGGCGGGCUCCUGACUCACCAGGGGCGGAGCUGACACCUCGUGGCAGUAUUCAAGGUGACUGGCUCUCCUGUUAACAGGCCCUGACACCACCUCUCCAGACAUGGUCCUCACCAGGAAACGUACUUCCCAUGCAAAGACUGUGGCAACCCAGACAGAGGGUCUGCUUAAUAAUGUGGCGGUUCAGGUCUCUGGCUGCCAGGAGUGCCUCAGCCUGCUGCUGCCAGGGGAGGAUGGGAAGGAUGCCACUUGUGUGCGGUGUGAGCAGCUGGACGAGCUGCUCAACCUGGUGGUGGAGCUUGGGGAGGAGGUAGGUAGACUGCGGACCAUCAGAGAGUGUGAACGAGAGAUUGACUGGUGGAGUGACUCUCUGCGAGAAAGGCGCAGAGAUUGCACUACCCAGACUGAGGGGACAACGGACCCUAUCUCUCAUUGUAGUCAAACAGGGAGAGACAGCUUGAGAGAAGAUGAGGAAUGGCAGCUGGUCUCAUCCCGGCGUCGCAGGCAACCCCCAAGUUCUCGACCUACCUCGGUUCCCCUGAUCCCUCUCUGUAAUAGGUAUGAAACUCUGAAACCAGAGGGAGUGGUGACUGAUGAUAAUGUGGGAGCACUGCCACCAAGCUUGCCUAAGGUGAGGCGGUCAGCCCCACGUUUAAAGACUGCCUCCUCCAAGAAAGAAAGGAGAGUGGUAGUCGUAGGUGACUCUCUUCUGAGAGGAACAGAGGGUCCGAUAUGUCGGCCUGACCCUACCCGUAGGGUGGUGUGCUGCCUUCCUGCGGCCCGGGUCAGGGAUAUUUCUAGAAAACUCCCUAGCCUUAUCCGCCCCUCUGAUUAUUACCCUCUAUUGAUAGUUCAGGCCGGCAGUGAUGAGAUCCCUGUUAGAAGCCUGAGGAUUAUAAAAAAUGAUUUUAGGAGACUGGGGAAGUUAGUUGAUGGAGCGGGCAUACAAGUAGUGUUUGCCAGUAUUCCCUUGGUGGCAGGGACGAGCGCUGAGACGACCAGGAAAAGCCAUCUUGUAAAUGCAUGGCUGAGAGGCUGGUGCAAGCGCAAAAAUUUUGGGUUCUUUGAUCAUGGGGUGGUCUACUCGGCAUCUGGCCUGAGGUCUGCUGAUGGGAAUUGUCUGUCUCCAAAAGGGAGACGGAUACUUGCCCAGGAGCUGGCGGGACUUGUAGAGAGGGCUUUAAACUAGAUAGGAAGGGGGAGGGAGAUAAAGCUAGGCAUGC